AUGCACAAACUAGUGAUACGGCAAUCCAACAAAACUUCAACCUCAGAUCGGAAUAAGCGGUCUAUGAUCCACAAAGUGGAAUCCGGCAAGAUGAGCACGGUCGAUACGAUAAACGACUUGUUGGAGGAUACGGGAAACGAUGUUGCCGUCAUCGUCUCGCUAUUGGAGAGGUUGAAAGCUGAAGAGGGGAACGAGUUUGUGAAGGGUGCUGAGAAGUGUGGUGAUGCUUGUCGGCAAGGUAAGCUCACCCUACCGGCCCUCCCAACAUUUACCGAGAAGAUGGUUUGCAUGGAUGGAUAAGGUGAAUUAACGAUAGUGAUGAUGAUGACGAUGAUGGGUAGUCGAAUGGAGGCAGAUAUUGGGCGACAGCGGGGUUUUGGGUUUCUUUUUGGAUCAGCUAGACCAAGGCGUUGAUCUUCUGCUCGGCCGGCAGAUAUUCCGGGUUAUUGCAAAUUCGAUUGCUGAUAAUGGUACGGACUUGGGCGCUCCUAGUGCUACGGUUUGUGUGUGAGGAUGCUGAGAGAACGACGGCGGUGAAUAGAUGAGAAUCGGCAGAGGCUGAUAGACCAUCCGACUGCUCUCAAGACGGUCCUUUCUCUUGUUAGCAGUGAGGACUUGUCCGUGUUUGCCGUAGCGACAUUACAAAAUCUUACGCUUGAUAAUGGUAGCCCACCUUCUUGACUGAUGGGGACGGAGACGAGACAGGCACUAACUCUUGAAGAGAGGCCGCACAAUUGAAGGUUAUUGAAGAGGGCGGCGUAGAGAUACUCAUGGAGGAGGCUGCCGCCCAGGGCGGUGCUCCGGCAAAUAAUCAGGUUCCCCUUCGAGUUCUAGAGCUCUUAGUAACGCAUGGUCCCUCUCUCCAUCCAGCUCGCUCCUUCUUAGUUACUGACACCAUCGGUAGAUACUGCCAAACAAACUACCCCUCCAGCCUCCCUCGGACCCCUCCUCUCGAAACUUUCCACCGAAAUCACUUCUAUAGAUGACCGCAUUCUCCUCCUCACAAUCCUAACAACUCUACUCACCCAUCCACCCCUACAACUCGCCAUCUUAGAACAAAACCAGUUCCCCCUCUUCCUCGAGGUCUUCGAAAUGACCCACUCCCUCCUCUUCGACCCAACCCUCGACAUAACCAACCGUAAGCGCCUCUUCUCUGCCAAAUCCCCACUGAUGGACAGCAUAGCCGACAUUUCCUGGAAGGCCACGUUCCUAACCACGUACCCACUCUCAUCCGCACCCAUUGCCAAAAUCCUCACCUGGCUGUCCGCGAGCAACGAGCUCCACCGCUACGAUAAGGUGAUUGCUGCAUGCUUGGUCUUCGGAAACGUAACGCAGUCAGCAGAAGUAUGUCGGGAGCUAAUACACACACACGCGCUCCACAAGACGCUGUUUUCGGUGAUUCACCGUGCGGUGGAGGGGUACGAGCAGAGCAAGAAAGAACUCGAGCCCCUCCCGACAGAAGUGAAACUAGACGGCGCCGGCGCUGGGAAGGGUGGAAUAUAUCUAUCCCUCCUGCACAGUGCAGUAGGCGUUCUCAGGAACUUUUCUGUGCCAAAGAGCGAGAAAACCAUUCUCGUGGACGCCGGCGCCCUCAAUGCUAUCCUGGCAGUAGUGGGAAUGGAAGGCGUAGGCGUCGGCCAAGUCUGGUAUUCCGCUGCCGGACUCGCACGACUAUUGUGUGUUGACUGUGUAGAGAAUUGCAAGAAAGUUAUUUCCCCGCGCGAGACCGGCGAAGCUACUUAUCUGGAGAAAUUACUACAAACAUACACUCAAGCAGAAGAACUCCCCACAAAAACUGAAAUCGCCCGCAUGGUCGUCAGCAUCCUCCGCUGCCUCUCCUCCUCGCCACAGGAUAUCUCUACCACCCACCAUCCGGGCUUGGCACGUCCACUGUGGGACAUGGUCCUGCAGGACAAGUGGGCCGUUGUCCGCAGCGAGGGGCUUCUAGGGCUAGCAUUGUUAGCGAAGGGCCCUGGAGCGAGGGAGCUUUGGAAGGAGUGGGGGAACAAGGAGUGGGAGGUUGUGGAUAAACUUGACGGGAGGGACUUGGAAAACGUUGGGGUGAUGAUUGUGAAUUUUAGGAAUGGGGAGGGCACGAGCGUCAUUUCGGGGAACGAGAGGGUGGAGGGGUUGCUGUUGAAGUGCCUUUCUGGGAAAAUGGCUGAGGUGCAGGUCGGGUAGCCGUUGGAAAGAUAUCAUAGAUUAUCACUCGAGUAUCUGAUAGGACGUAUCAAGCAAUGGGAAAAGUAAACUACGAUGGAUG